AUGGGCACCCUGACCUGCGGACCCCCUCCUCCCCGUCUGCCUGGUGCUCUUUUAGCCCGACGGGCCACCGUGUGUCAGGAGGCUGAGAAAGGCCAGAAGAAGACAUCGGGGAUCACUAUGUGUGAGACCGCCCCACCUUCUCGGGGCUUUUGGAAUCGAAUUGAGGGGCCCCUUCAUGGGGUUGUAGGUCCGGGUCCCGACCUGUUCUGGCUUCCCUCGACCGUGGGCUAUAUCAGCCAUGACUUCACCAAGAAGGCUAGUCCUGCGUACUCCCUCCUCAGCAGGCCCUGCGACGCACCUCGACGAGACUCCAGUCCUGGGCCCUGCUAUUUUGUGCAGCCCAACAUUACCCGCUUUGGCCGGAGCAGUGCCCCUGCCUACUCCCUGCAGUCCCGCACCAAGCCCAAAGAUCUGGAGGUGACGCCUGGUCCUGGUGCCUACAGCCCGGAGAAGGUGCCUCCCAUCAACCAACCAAGACCUCCUGCUUAUAGCCUGGGCUUACGCACUCCCCGUUGCCGCCUGGUGAACUCCAUCCCGGCCCCCAACAGCUAUACCCUGCCUUCUCUGUGGGGCUCCCAGAUCUUUACCAAACCCUGCAGUCCUAGCUACUCAGUGUCGGGUCGAACGGCCCAGGCCCGCUUCACUGAGGAUCCAUCCCAGCUCCCUGGGCCAGGCCAAUAUGAGUGCACAGACCCAGAUGCUUAUAGGCAACGCCGGGGGCCUGCCUAUACCAUGCUGGGCCGCCCCAGUGCUCCUCGCCCCCUUUUCCAGACACCAGGGCCUGGGGCCCACAAUCCUGAGCAAGUCACGGUACACUGGACCCGGUCACCUGCUUACUCCCUGGGUAUUCGCCACUCCAAGUUCAUUACCCCUCUGGUCACAAACAGCACAGCUUGAGCAUCCUCUCAUGUCAAUCCUCCCUCUCUCUAAGCAUGGCCUGUAUCACUGUGACUGAAUCCCUAGGGGAUAAGGAACUGGAAGGUUCCUCUUCCAAGAAAGGAGGGGAGAGAAAAAAAGGGAGGGAAGGAGAAAGGGGAAGAGAGAGAGAGAGAGAGAGAGAGAGAG